AUGUUCUGCUUUGUCGUGGUACGUGCCACACCGCAUCGCCAGCCGCGCCACGCAGCGUUCCACAGGUCCCUUGAGCUUGCGCACUGUCGGACGGCAUCUCAUCUCCAGCAAAUGGGCGUCUUGUUUGCUGAACAGAGCUAUCUUUGGCUGCCCAUCAUCUACCUAAAGGCACGAAAGUUUGCGCUCUUGUUCACACUUGGAAGCCUCUCCAUGCUCGCAGCAAUGGCGCUUUUGCGAGGGCCAACAGCCUUUUGCCGGCACCUUUUGUCCAGUUCGCGCGUGCUCUUCAUCGUCGUGUACUUGGCAACCAUGAUUGGUACCCUCUACUGUGCCAUGGGCCUUCGCAAAACGGUUCCCACGAUUAUCUGCGCCUCAGCUCAGGCAUGA